AUGGUGGCCAUUGGGAGUGUUGUCAAACUGAGAGACCUACGGCUGGAGCUGCAUAGUGCCUUGAAAGUGGCAUCCCAGAUAGACAGGGAAAUGGAGGUGUUUGGCAUGCUUUUCUUUAUUGGUCCAGCAGUUGACAGUACAUUUUCUCUGAGCCCCCAUUAUAAUGUGUGUGUAACCAUUGUAACUGUGUAUUGUAGACGAGAAGAAGUCUAUGAUAGGUAUUAUCGCUUUGACGAUGUUUUGCGAAGGAAGGAGGAACCGUAUGUGGAACGAUUCCGGGAGCCAUGGGAUUCCAGGGCACCUCGCGAAGUUGAUGAUCCGAUGAGAAGGGAGCGUCGUAGAGAAGAACUAUAUCGGCAGUAUUAUGAUGAAAUCCAGAGACGUUAUGAUGCAGAAAGACCUGUGGAUUGUUCCGUAAUUGUUGUUAACAAACAACAAAAGGAAUAUGCAGAGUCUGUUGGUCGAAAAGUUCGUGACCUUGGUAUGGUUGUCGAUUUGAUAUUCCUCAACACUGAAGUAUCACUUACACAAGCUCUUGAGGAUGUUAGCAGAGGUGGCACAGCAUUUGCUAUUGUCAUCACUCAACAACAUGAAAUACACAGAUCAUGUACUGUCAAUAUCCUGUUUGGAACACCACAAGAACAUCGUAACAUGCCAAUGGCUGAUGCAAUGAUCUUAGUUGCACGUAAUUAUGAGAGGUAUAAGACGGAAACACGUGAAAAGGAACGAGAGGAGAUUGCACGAAAGGCAGCUAAAAUGGCAGAUGAAGUAAUAGGGCGGGAAAGGGAGCCUACUCAAGGGGCUAUGGAAGAGCGAGGAAAUCCUCCUGGCAUUCAGCCUUUGUUGAAUUUGCUUGCUGAUGGAAGAUACCUUACUGUAGAAGAAAUUGACAAGAUCAUAGAAUAUCUGAGAGAAAAGAAGGAGCGAUUACUUCGAGGAGGAGACUCCUUGCAUGGAUCUGUUCACAAUCCAGCUCCCAUGCCUAGACCAAACAUGGGUUCCGUAGGAAUGAACCCACUUGAUGCACAGCCAUCGCUACCACCUGCUCCAUCUUUAAAGGGAGGGCCACAAGACACACAGGCAGCACAGCAGCAGGAGUUGCAAGCCAAGAUUCUAAGCCUCUUCAACAGUGGAUCAUCUGGCUCAAAUACAAAUACUGCAGGGGCACAGGGCCCAGUCUAUGGAAGUGCACUGAAUACCCAACCUCAAAACCGAGGAGGCCAGCUAGGUCUCAAUAACUCUUCAUAUCUGUCUCAAGCUCAGCAGCGCAUGACAGGUCCUAAUUCACAACUUCCACCUUUAAUGAGUCAAGCAGUUGCACCGAGAGCCACUGCUAUUCGCUCGCCUCUGCCUCAAACUCAAGGUCUUUAUGGCCAGCAGCAACCUCGAGGUCCAACCCCAAAUCAGUCAAGUGCUUUGUCUCAGGCCCAGAGAUCUGGUGUUGCAACAGACACCCAGAAUACUGUGUGGAUAGCAGGACAUGUGAUCAUCAGCCAGGCACGUGACAGAGCAGAGACCAAACCAUACGGGAUCAAUCUUGGCCUUGAUAAACGUGGUUUUUCAAUUCAUUGGCUGAGCGCACCUGACCUGAGAUGGCACGAGCUCCAUGACCUAUUAAUGCAUCAUCUGGCACGAUACCUGCCCCCAAAGUACCUGGUCAUUCAUUUGGGAGAUAAUGACAUAGGUUACAUCCAGGCUAGUGACAUAAUAUACACAGCAAAAGAAGUGCUAGAAGCACUGAAAUUCCUGUUACCAAAGACUAUAUUGGUUUGUUCAGAAUUGCUCCCACGACCCCAUUGGGCUUUUGAGCCUGGUGCUCCACUUGAGAAUGAUAGGAGAACUAUAAAUGGGGUGUUAAAACAAUACAUGGAAUAUAAGGGCCAAAAAUUCAUAGAACACCCUUUUGAUGUCAAGCGUCAAGGUCUUUUUAUUGGUAGAGGUGAUUACCUAACUGAUGUUGGUUUAGAUUUAUUCAAUACCACUUUGAUGGACAGUCUGAAAUGUUAUUUGAGGGAAGAGUUGAUGCAUGGUAGUUAGCUUGUUUCCCACCUGAUUAACAUUCCCUCUCGUGUUGGCUGGAACUUGAAACCAGUAAGUGGCUGCUACACAAAUGGCCUGCCUAUAGUUAGGUUCAUUCAUCUGUUGGUCAACACAGGGGAGGAUAUGUCAAAUUGUCACCUUGAGCAGCUGCUGACAUACCAAUACAUUGCAGCUGAAAUACUGUCAUGUUGACAAAAUGGAAGUUGAAAUGGGGUGGAGUGUAAUUGCAUCUAUACAGUAUGUAUAUUUGACUUGUUAGUUUUGAGAGAACUUGCAGACUAGUACAGGGAGAAUUCUCAUGCCUGUUUCAAUGGAUUUUUGUUUGUAAUAAAUGCAGGCUGAUUGGCCUUUCAUUGUUAA